AAAUUUCGCGAUAAUUAUGCUAAAUUUUUUCGCGGGGAAUUUGAAAUAAUAUGUAAGAAGGUAGGAUGGUGUACUACAUAGCAGGGAUGGACAGGUCGAGGGAAAAGUCAGGUCGGGUUUCGGAAAAUUUUUCGGAUCGGAUUUCGUGUAUCAGCUCGGAAAAAGAGUCUGGGUUCUGUGUAUCGAGUUUGGGUAAUCCGUCCCAUCCAUGCUAUAAGAUGGUGUUUUUCUGAGAAUUCUUUCUAUAAUAGGUCAACAUACCCUUUGGGUUCAGUAAAUCCCCCAGGAAGUGUUCUUUAUUCUUUGGCAGUUGGAAUAAUUUUCAAUUUGGC